GGUGGGUUGCCUCCGCGGGAUGCGGGUGGCGUCGCGGUGGCCGAGUCCACGGCCGGACCCCCGGGACCUUUCGCGACUCUAGUGGCUCUCAGGCGGCUUUCACUUCUCGGUGGCGGGGCCUCUUGCAGUCUCGCAGCUGCGGGCACAGUGUAGGACAGGAGGACACCCCCCCCAUCCCUCACUCCGCCGCCACAGCCAUGUCUACAGCGGAGGCUGCGGCGACGGCCCAGGCCCGGGCACCCGGCAGCAGGAUCAAGUCCAGCAGCCCUCGCCAAAUCCCGGUAGUCGGGGUGGUGACGGAGGACGAGGAAGCGCAGGGUGUUUCCGAGCCUAUGGACCUAAAUCGUGUCAUCAAACUCCUCGAAGAGACUGGUAAAGAUGAUUUAGAAGAAAAACAACUUAAAUCUGUCAAGAAAGUGGUGCAGUGUUAUCAGAAUGGACUUCCCCUAAGGGAUUUAGCACAGAUAUUUAAAAUUCUAAAUCUGUGUGCAGGAAAAAUUAAAAAACAGCCCCAUUUUAUAGAACCUGCAUAUAAUAUCCUAAAAUUAUGUGGCUUGCCAUUUUUGAAAAAGAAAGUAUCGGAUGAAAUAACAUAUGCUGAAGAUACUGCUAAUUCAAUUGCACUUCUGGGUGACUUAAUGAUAAUACCAAGUUCUGAAUUGAGGAUACAAAUUUGUAAGUGUAUUAUUGACUUUUAUCAUGCAGAACCACCAAAGAAGCAUAUUACAGGUUACCAGCAGGCUAGUUCAUCAUAUAAGAUUAAAAUGGCUGAAGUUGGAGGAUUGGCAAAAACAAUGGUCCAGUCAUUGGCAUUGCUUGAAAAUCAACUUGUUGAGAAACUUUGGGUACUUAAAGCUCUACAGCAUCUCUCAGCUUCUGAAGUUAAUUGUACUUUAAUGGUGAAAGCACAAGCAGCCAGUGGAAUCUGUGCUCACCUCAAUGACCCAGAUCCCUCUGGACAGCUUCUAUUUCGUUCAUCCGAAAUACUUUGGAACUUAUUGGAAAAAUCUUCAAAAGAAGAAAUCAUACAACAGCUUAGUAACUUGGAAUGUUUGCUGGCUUUGAAGAAAGUAUUUAAAAAUCUGUUUACAAGAGGUCUUAGUCAUUAUGAUCGUCAGCUUAGAAAUGACAUAUUAGUGAUCACAACAAUUAUAUCUCAAAAUCCUGGAGCACCAAUGAUUGAGUGUGGCUUUACCAGGGAUUUGAUAUUAUUUGCAACCUUUAAUGAAGUUAAAAGCCAAAAUCCUUUGGUAAAAGGUCUUAAGUUUUCUAAUUCCUAUGAAGAUUUUGAGUUGAAGAAAUUGCUAUUCAAUAUAAUUGUGACCUUUUGUAAAGAUUUAUCUACUAUACAGCUAUUAAUUGAUGGCAAAGUUAUUUUGGCUUUGCUUACCUAUGUUAAAAAGCCUGAGAAACACAAAAUAGUUGAGUGGUCUGCAGCACAGUAUGAAGAAUUACAACUGCAUGCAAUUGCCACUUUGUCAUCAGUGGCUCCUUUUUUAAUAGAUGAGUACAUGUUGUAUCAGGGAAAUGCUCACGUCCUUGCAUUUUUAGAAUGGUGUGACAGUGAAGAUUCCUUCUUUAGUCAUGGGAACAGUUUUCAUGGUACAGGUGGCCGUGGAAACAAGUUUGCCCAGAUGCGUUACAGUUUAAGACUCUUGAGAGCCAUGGUCUACCUUGAGCAUGAGACCAUAAACAAGGAUCUUUGUGAAAAGAGAGCAAUUCAGCAACUGAUAGGAAUCUUUAAAAAUACAAUAAGCACGUAUAAUGAUAAGGAAGAGGCCAUUCUUUUGGAAAUUCAAUCUGAUAUUUUACUUAUUUUAUCUGGUCUUUGUGAACAUCAUAUUCCUAGGAAGGAAAUUUUUGGAACUGAAGGAGUGGAUAUAAUUCUUCAUGUAAUGAAAACAGACCCCAAGAAGUUACAGAGUGGAUUAGGCUAUAAUGUACUUCUUUUUAGUACAUUGGACAGCAUUUGGUGCUGCAUUUUGGGAUGUUACCCCUCAGAGGAUUACUUUCUUGAAAAGGAAGGCAUUUUUCUCCUUUUGGAUUUAAUGGCAUUGAACCAAAAAAAAUUCUGUAAUCUAAUACUUGGAAUAAUGGUUGAAUUUUGUGAUAAUCCCAAAACUGCGGCUCAUGUCAAUGCUUGGCGAGGGAAGAAGGACCAGACAGCUGCUAGUCUUUUAAUUAAAUUGUGGAGAAAGGAAGAAAAAGAACUAGGAGUAAAACGUGAUAAACAUGGGAAGAUCGUUGAUACAAAGAAACCUCUAUUUACUAGUUUUCAAGAAGAGCAAAAAAUCACACCACUGCCUGCUAACUGCCCAACCACUGCAGUUAUGGAUGUUGCUGAGAAUAUCAGAGCAAAAAUUUAUGCUGUGUUGGGCAAACUAGAUUUUGAAAAUUUACCUGGCUUAUCUGCUGAAGAUUUUGUUAUCCUCUGUAUCAUACAUAGAUACCUUGAUUUUAAAAUUGGAGAAAUAUGGAAUGAAAUAUAUGAAGAAAUAAAAUUAGAAAACUUAAGACCAGUCACUACAGACAAAAAAAUUUUGGAAUCUAUUAUAACAGCAUCAGAAAAUAUUGGAAAGAUGGUUGCUUCUCUGCAAAGCGAGAUGAUUGAAAGCCAAGCACGCCAAGAUGUGCAAAACGAACAAAAAGUAUAUACAAAAGUACAAGCCACACACAAGCAAAGAGAAUUGGCUAAUAAAUCAUGGGAAAACUUCUUGGCUAGAACAUCAAAUGUUAAAACUUUAAAGAAAGCAAAAAGACUUCAAGAGAAAGGUAUAGAAUCCUCUAGAUACAGUGAGCGUCCACCAAAUGCAAUAUUUCACCGGACAGAUAUUGAAGGCCUUAACACAACAGUGCCCUCUGGUGGGGUAGUAACAGUGGAAAGCACUCCUGCCCGAUUAGUGGGAGGACCUCUGGCUGAUACAGAUAUUGCUCUUAAAAAACUUCCUAUUCGAGGAGGAGCCUUACAGAGAGUAAAAGCAGUAAAAACUGUGAAUGAGCCAGAGAAGAGCGUUCCCACAUAAAAUACUCUGGAGACUUUUUGAAAUAAAUUCUGCUUAUAAUUUUUUAGUUAAAUAUCUGUAUAUAUAAAUGUAAAGCAAAUAUUUUAGAAUAAAUAUUUUAGUAAAAUACUAUUAAA